CGAAGAAAGCUACUCUUAGUCUACAUUCAUGGCUUUAUGGGCGCCGAGACAAGUUUUCGUAGUUUUCCUGCUCAUGUGCACAACCUGUUGGCCAUUCUCCUCUCCGAAACGCAUGUGGUCCAUUCAAAGAUCUAUCCGCGCUACAGGUCUAAAGGCAGAAUAUCCAAUGCUAGGGACGAUUUUAGCAGAUGGCUGAGCCCGCACGAGGACAACGCCACCGACACUGUCCUGCUAGGACAUAGCAUGGGAGGAUUGCUAUCUGCUGAGGUGGCGCUUAUGCCUCCUGAACCACCAUCAGCUCCAUCCUUGAAGCAUCGAAUCAUAGGGACCAUCAAUUUCGAUGUUCCUUUCUUGGGGAUGCAUCCUGGGGUAGUGAAAAGUGGACUGUCAAGCAUAUUCAAACCGGCUGAAGAAACAGAUGACAAGUAUUUUGAAACCACAAACACGUUAUGGGCACCUGAGUCAGCGGAUCCGAACUACAACCCUUCCUUCCAGAACGAUGUGGUGCUUCCGGUGAGAAAGGGCUGGCGUAAUGCAUGGCACUUCAUCAACAAGCAUUCUGACGACCUUACUAAAGCGACGAAGAAGCUAGUCUCGUCGCAUUUGGAAUUCGGCGGAGCGAUGGCGAAUUAUAAUGAAUUGAAGAGCAGAUAUGCUAGGCUGAGAGCACUUGAGGAAGCGGACGAGCGAGUACGGCGAUCAGUUGUCCAAAGCGGAACGCCUCCAAGAGUCCGAUUCAUCAAUUACUAUACAGCAAGCACGGAAUCGGAAAUGUCUCAUAGCGAGAAAGAAGAGCUUCGACUGGAACGUGAGAGGCAACGCAUGGAAAAAGAGGGCAGAAGGCUCCGUGGUGAGCCUGAACCAGAGUCGUCACAGCUGCAGCCACACACCGACGCCCUCCGUCCACCACAAAACUCACGUUCUUCCAGCAUAGCAGCUAUAUCCGAGCCCACGGUUGUUCAUGAUACGGAUUCUCUAGCGCCGUCGGAGACCAGAGGACAUGAGAGUCGGAAACCGAAGAAAGAUCGCAUGUUCUGUAGUCUGCCGCCUAAGGAUUCACAUGGAGAGCGAGAUCCUACAUGGGUUCGCGUUUUCAUGGAAAAUGUUGAUGAAGUAGGAGCUCAUUGCGGGCUUUUCUUCGUCGACGAGAGGUACGAGCGGUUGGUCGGAGAUGUAGCAACGCGGAUAGAGAGCUGGGUG